AUGCACGGCGUCGUGGACGUCGUCCUGGACGAUGCCCCCGAACCGUCGUGCGCCGUCGCCGUCGACGCGCUGACGUACGCGUACCCGGGAUGCGACGCGGUGCUGCGCGAUUGGAGCCUGCGCCUGCCGCCGGGGUCGAGGUGCUUGCUUUCCGGCGCGAACGGGGCGGGGAAGACGACGGCGCUGCACGUCAUCGCGGGUAAAACCAUGGUGAACGAAGACGUCGUGCGCGUGCUGGGACGACCGCCGUUUCACGACAUCGCGCUCACGUGCGGGGGCGAGCUUUCUUACCUGGGCGCGCAGUGGCGGCGCAACAUCGGAAGCGCGGGCGCGGACGUGCCCCUGCAAGGAGACAUUUCGGCGAGGAAAAUGAUCGAGGGCGUCGCAGACGUGGACCCGGCGAGGCGAGAACGAUUGGUGAAGCUGCUGGAUGUGGAUUUGGACUGGUCCAUGAAGGCGUUGAGCGACGGACAACGACGUCGAGUUCAGAUUUGUCUCGGACUCUUGAAGCCGUACAAGGUGUUGCUGUGCGACGAAAUCACGGUGGAUUUGGACAUCCUCGGUCGGCUUGACUUGUUGGAGUUUUUCAAGGAAGAGUGCGAGGUGCGCGGGGCCACCAUCGUGUACGCCACGCACAUCUUCGAUGGCAUGGCGGAUUGGAUGACGCACCUCGCGUUCACGUCCAACGGGCAGUUGAAGUAUGGCGGCGCCAAGGUGGACAUUCCGGAAAUUCAAGGCACGAAACAUUUAUUGUCGACCAUUGAAAAGUGGCUUCGCAUCGAUCGCGACGAGCGCCGCGCGCGAGAGGCGGCGGAACUCGCCGCCCCGACGGCGAAGAAAAUCGACGCCGCGAGUCACUUCCAAACGAGGCACAUGGCGUAUUAUAGAUGA